AUGCGCUUAGGCGUUCGCAGUGGAAUGAUCACUGGGAAGGAUCUUCAUGAUGCAGCUGUGGCUUUGGGUCUUACCAGGUUCUCCUUGCAAGACGUGAACACUUUGGUCAACAAGCUUGCAGACUUUGUAGAUCUGGAACUGGAACACCGGGACACAAAGGCUCGAGUGGCUCGAGUAGCUAGGACCAGCAACACAGCGACUACUCGCAGAUCUGGCAUGGGGUCUACUCGGGAGCAUGGGACCAACAUUGGUGGUGAUCUCAAAAGUUUAAAGCCACAAUGGAAGUGGCCGGACGAUGCAAAUGAAGUGGGCUUUUGGAGGUCCAGAACUCCUGCAGAGAAUCCUGCUCGACAGUGGAAUGUUGUUCCUUUUCGUGCCUUGGUUUUGGCCUUUGUUUUGGAUGCUGAUGCAAGGAAGAUCUUCGGGUCAUCCGCUGAGCAUUUUUGGGCAAUGAAAGAGAUCCUACUCGCGAGUGACACAAACCGGCUUGUUGCAGAACUCACAUUUGUUCGCAUCAAUGACCUGGCAGCUCCUCAGACUGCGCGGGAUCCCUUCUUGUUCCUUGAGCCCUUUGUUGCGAUUAUGAUCACCAUCAAUGCUGUGCUCUUAGGAGGCACCCGGGAAUGGCAUUGCGGGGCGAUCUUGGGAGCCGAGGAUGAAGCACUCCAGGAGUGGCCCGGCUGGCCCUGGAUCGAGCUGGGCUUCACGGCCUUUAUGUUCUGUGAGGCCUUCAUCAGGCUUUGGAUACUUGGGCAGCAAGAGUACUUCUGUGGAAUUGAGUCCAAUUGGAACUAUUUCGACCUCUUCCUGCUUGUCACCAGCAUUGUGGAUGUUUGCAUGACUUUGAUCACUGAUGCAUCGGCAGAGUCUCCAACGCAACUGCUGAGAGCUUUUCGCUUGGCCAGGCUGACCAGGAUGUUCAAGGUGUUCCGUCUCAAAUUCAUCAAGGAAUUACAAUUGAUGGUGAAGGGCCUCCUGGGUGGGCUUCGAACCCUCGUGUGCGCAUUUGCAUUGCUCUUCGUGGUGCUCUAUAUCAUUGCGGUCUUCGCCACGUUCACCAUUGGUCGUGCACCCGACCUGGAUGGCAACUUGCAAAUUCUUUUCAGGUCUGUGCCCUCGACCAUGUUCACGGCUUUCCGCUGCUACUCUGGCGAGUGCAUAACUGAAGAGGGCUUUCCAGUUGCGUUGCUGCUCUCUGAAAAUGACCAGUUCGGAAUGAUUUUUGUGCUGCUCUACGUUGCAGGAUACAUGCUGGUGACCAUGGGCAUCUACAACGUGAUCCUCGCUGUUUAUGUGGAUAUCACAAUGAAGGCAGCACGCGAGAACGAGGCGAGGACGAGUGAGCAACAUGAACGAGAGUCCAUCCGGGUGGCGAAGUUCAAGAUGGCAGAUGAAGCACGCCGCCGCGAUAUGGACAACGACGAAGAAGAGGACACCACUAUUCAAAUCUUCGUCUAG